GGAGCAGUAGGUUUAGGGCUCGGAUUCAACAACUGUUUUCUCUGUCUCAUCGCUGUAUUAACAGUGAAGUAGAUUAAAUAUUAGCUUGCCUACUAACCUCAGCAGAAAUCACUGAAUAAUUUCAAAAACGACUACAAAGUCUACAACACGGAAACCCACGCGUCGCGUCAUUCGCGUUUCCAUUGGCUGCAUCCAGUAGGACGUAGGACGCGCGCAGACUACGAACUUAACAAUUGAAGCGAUGUCUUUGCUGGUGCGGGAUCGUCGGACGGUGCGCUUUGUGUUUUUGGGCGCCGCCGGGGUUGGAAAAACCGCCCUGAUCACCCGUUUCUUGCAAGAUCGCUUCGACUUCAAAUACACGCGCACCGUGGAGGAGCUUCACGCUCUUGAGUACGACACAGACGGCGAGAGGGUGCGCAUUGAGAUCUUGGACACGAGCGGCAGUUAUUCCUUCCCAGCCAUGCGCGCUUUGUGCAUCCGAACCGGGGACGCGUUUGCGCUCGUGUACGCCGCAGACCAGCCAGACUCCCUGGAGGAGGCGCAGCGGCUCCGCGAGGAGAUCCUGGAGGUGAAGGGAGAGAAGUUUACUGGAAUCACGGUGAUUGAGAACAAAGCGGACCUGGGCAGCCGGGGUCGCCAGGCCACUGCGGAGGUGAUGCGCGCGGUGGAGGAGGACUGGGGCGCGGGCUUUGUGGAGACUUCUGCGCGCACCGGAGAGAACGUCAACGGCGUGUUUCGGGACUUGCUUCAACAGAUGAAGUUACCGAGCCGCGUGAGCCCGGCACUGCGCAGACGAACGCAGACAAUGAGCAGAGAACUUACGGAGACGCGGAAAAAGCCCCCGUUGAAGAAGAACAACAGCUGUAUCUUGUCUUAAUAGACAUUCGCGUGAUAUUAUAGUUGUGCAUCAUACUGAUGCUUAAGUGGUCUGGAUCAGUAGACUCCACAGAUAUGUUGGACAGUUUUAAUGAGACUGAAUGGGUCUGAUGCAUUAUCAUAAUCAUUAAAGAGGUUUUUGCCUAUGUUUGAUCUCGUUAAAUGAGAGCCAAAGUGUUAUUUUAUGAGGGAAUAAAUGCAAAUGAUGUUCU